AUGCAAAAGAUAUUCACACAUCUUAUUAACCGGUUGAAUUCUCUAGGUAAGCCUAUUUCCAACAACAUUGCUACUAAUAAGGUUUUGAGAAGCCUUAAUAGGGAAUGGAAACCCAAGGUCGUCGCUAUUAAAGAGGCGAAUGAUCUUAAAGUACUUGAUUUCACUACUUUGUUUGACAAAUUGGAAGAACAUAAGCAAGAACUCAUUUGCUUGGAAAAACAUGAAAAAAGAGAAGAAUCGAGUCAAGCACUCUUAAAGGAAUUCAAGUCCUCAAAAGAUGAUGAGAAUAGGAAAGGUAAAUUUAGAAGCUCUUGUUAUAGUUAUGGUGAAGUUGGUCACUAUAGACCGGAAUGUCCCAUGAUUAAGAAAGACAAGAAGAAAGGGCAUGCCAAGAAGUUUAGAAGAACAUAUGUUGCUUAUGAGAAUGCAAGUGAUUACUCAAUUGAUGAAAGCUCUACUUCGAGUGUUGAAUUUGCCCGAAUUUGUCUUAUGGAAAAUGGAAGGAAGAAGAAAAAUGUAAGUCCUUCUAAACUUAAGCUUACUAGUGAUUUAUCUUAUUUUAAACUACAAGAUACUUUUGAUAAUCUUCAUAGAGAGGCAUUAAAUGCUUUUAAGAAGUUAGCUUCACAUGAAAAUAUAUUUUUACAAUUAGAAGUUAAGGUCUUAGAAUCAGAAAAGAAAUUGGAAGUAAUUAAUCUAUCUAUGCUAGAUGUUCAAAAGGACAAGAUAGAGGAUGAAAAAACUUCUAGGUUUGGUUGUGAAUCUUGUCAUUAUUGGCAAGAAGAGAUAAAUGUUCUUCAAGUCAAAUUAGACAAUGCCUUACAACCAAAGAUUUCAUUUUCAAUUUAUCCAUCUACGUUUGGAAGGUCUUUGAACCAUUCACACAAAAAGCAUAAAAAUUUCAAAAAGGGUUCAAAUGGCAAAAGCACAUCUCAUCAUAACCUAUCUUAUCAUUAUUGUUGCCAGAAGGGUCAUACUAUUGAAAAGUGUAAAUUUAGAAAAGUUUUUGUUCCUAAAGGAGUUUCUCAAUGGUUGCCUAAAUGCAACCUUGAUUUCACUCACUCCCAAGGACACAAUGAAAUUUGGGAUAAUCUUGGCAAGUUCGAUUCGAAAUCCGAUGAGGGUAUCUUCCUCGGAUACUCACAAUCUAGUAAAGCUUAUAGGGCUUAUAAAAAAGGUGUAUCUUCACAAGAUAUUCUCAAGGAACCCGAUGAUGGAAUUGAUCAAGCUAAAACGAUGGAAAAUGAGAGAGUUGAAGACGACAAUUGUGAAGAGGAGAAGGUGGAAAGUCCAACUGCUGUGGAUGACAUUCCUUUUACUUGGAAACAAUUCAAAGAUCAUCCUAUUGAUAACAUACUUGGAGACAUCACCAAAGGCAUGACAAAACGCUCCAAGAUAAUAUUUGAAAAAUUACAGAAUUAUGAUAUACAGUACUUAGUUUGUAAAAUCAGUUUCAGUGAUCUUGAACAUUGUAGUACUAUAUAG